AUGACAGAAGUGAAGUUGCUUGGUGUUGGUAGUAGUUCUUAUAGUCGUAGAGUUGAAUGGGCUUUGAAAGUUAAGGGAGUUAAAUAUGAAUUUAUAGAAGAAGAUCUACAGAAUAAAAGCCCUUUUCUUCUUGAAUCUAAUCCUGUUCUCAAGAAAAUUCCAGUGCUAAUUCACAAUGGAAAGCCCAUUCGCAAGUCAAUGAUUAUUCUUGAAUAUAUUGAUGAGGCAUUUGAAGGCCCUUCCAUUUUGCCUAAAUAUCCUUACGAAAGCGCAAUUGCACGUUUUUGGGCUAAGUUCCUCGAUGGAAAGUGGCAUGCCAUGAGGGAAGCUCUAUGGAGCAAAUUUGGAGGGGAGCAAGAGAAGAUCAAACAGGAAGCAUAUGAGAUGCUGAAAAUUGUUGACAAUGAACUCAAGGGCAAGAAGUUUUUUGGGGGAAAUAAAAUUGGAUUUGUUGAUGUUGCUGCAAAUUACAUCCCAUUUUGGGUGGAAAUUAUUGAAGCAGCUACUGGAAAUGUGUUGAUCACAAGGGAAAAGUUUCCCAAUUUGUGUGCUUGGAUAGAUGAGUACCUAAGUUAUAGUGAAGUUAAAGAAAAUCUCCCUGACAGAUUUUAUGCUCAGUUUUUCAAAGCUAAAGCACUAGCUAAAAAUGUUAUUUCUUAA